AUGGACAAUUCGGAUAAUAAAAUAAAUGAUAAUGAUUCAUUAAAUAUCGAUGAUUUGAAAAAUAAAAAAUAUAUAAAUAUAGAAAUACUUUAUGAAAAUGAUUAUAGUUUAUAUUCCCCAUGUAUAAAUGCUGAUGGAUCGUUAUGUGCUACUUCAGAUAAUGGUGAUAUGCUUAAGUUUAUAUUAACAAAUCCAAAAAGGGAUGAUGAAAAUAGUAAUUUUUCUACUUCAUCAGAAGGAACGGUAGACAGUGAUAAAGAUUAUUUGGGUGUUGAAGAUAAUGAAAUAAUUGCAAAAUAUAUAAAAAAACAUAAGAAUAAAUUUUACGCCCAAAAAGAAGUAUAUGUAAAUAUGGAUUUAACAUCAGAGUGUUUAUCAUCAGAUAACGAUUAUAAUUUCUAUAUAUAUGAUCCAGUAAUGCGAGGGUUGAUGCUCAUAAAUAAGGACAAAAAAAUGGAGAUAUAUACUGACGAGUUUGAAGGUCAUCCAUUUAAAGGAAUAAAUGAUUUGUUGUAUGAUAAAGAUGAUAAUAUUUUAUAUAUUGUUGAUUCAGGGAAUAUGCAAGAAGAAAAUAAAAGUAAUUUAUAUUACAUAAAUAAAGAUAUCGAAACCAUGGUACCAAUUAAUAUUGGAAACAUUUCAUAUAUUAAUAGUAUUUGUUUAUAUAAAAAAAACAAAAAAACAGUUAUAUAUGCUUGCUUAACUAAAGAAAACCGAAUAAUACGAUUAAUCAAAAAUGGGAAUUCGUAUAUGAAAGUCGAUUUCUUAUAUUUAAAUGGAAAUUAUUCGCCUGUAUAUAUUUGUACAAAUAAUAUUAACCUUAUUAUUUUACUCAAAGAUUUAAGUGGGUGUGAAAAAAAAGGGAAAAUUUUAGAAGUAAACAUAAAUGGAAAAAUUGUUAAUUCUGUUUAUAUUGAUGGAAAUGAGUUUAAUGGAAUAUGCUAUGAUUACAACAUAAAAAAAUAUAUUUUUAUAGAGAAAAACAUUAUCUAUACAUAUGGAAAUAACAAACUAAAUCGCACCGCCUAA